CAAUCCAGCCACAAGAAGCCUAUUGGAAAUCCGACAACAAUUUCUGCCCUUUGAGAUUCCAUUUUUGCCCCCUCUGCCCUGCGUCCCUUUUCUUCUCCACUUUUCGCCCCUCCGCCGACUCGUGCGUUUCCCGGUCGCACGGCAGGCAUUCGUUUCUAUUGGAAAAAGAGUGGACGUCUUCUUCUUAUUUUCAUCUCGGUCUGUCUUCGUCACGACCCAUACGAAUCUCUUACCGGCCAAACCAGGACCCGAAAAUCUCUUUUUAUCUUCCAGGUCUCUUCUAUUGAUUCUUCCGGAGAGGCGGCCGGGCGAUGGCGGCGGCCGCUGCGUCGAUGUGGCAGCCACAGGAGGAGGGAAUUCGCGAGAUCUGUGGGUUGCUGGAGCGGCAGAUUUCCCCGAAUUCCGAUCAGCACCUCAUAUGGCAGCAGCUUCAGCACUAUAGCCAGGUUGCCGAUUUCAACAACUACCUCGCUUUCAUCCUGGCAAGGGCGGAGGAUAAAUCAGUGGAAAUACGACAGGCUGCUGGCUUGCUUCUGAAAAAUAAUUUAAGAAUCAGUUUCAGAUCCACAUCUCCUUCACAUCAGCAAUACAUUAAGUCACAAUUACUCCCAUGUUUAGGGGCCGCAGAUAAGACAAUCAGAUCUACAGCGGGAACUGUUAUCAGUGUGAUUGUGCAGUUUGGGCGACUAUUGGGUUGGCCAGAGUUGUUGCAAGCUCUUGUUCAUUGUUUGGAUAGUAAUGACUUAUAUCACAUGGAAGGUGCUAUGGAUGCUAUUUACAAGGUCUGUGAGGAUGUGCCAGAAGAACUUGAUGUCGAUGUUCCUGGAUUAACAGAAAGACCUAUCAACAUUUUCAUGCCAAGGUUAUUGCAGUUUUUCCAAUCUCCACAUUCUACUCUUAGAAAGCUCUCAUUGGGCUCCAUCAAUCAGUUUAUUGUAAUAAUGCCUACGGCCUUGCUGCUCUCCAUGGAUCAGUACCUACAAGGUUUAUUUAUUCUUGCUCGAGAUGGUGCUGCUGAAGUACGAAAACUGGUUUGUUCUGCAUUUGUUCAGCUAAUCGAAGUUCGACCUACAUUUUUGGAGCCGCAUUUGAGGAAUGUGAUUGAAUACAUGUUGUUAGCUAAUAAUGACUCUGAUGACGAAGUUUCUCUUGAGGCAUGUGAGUUUUGGUCAGCGUACUGCGAUGCUAAUUUGCCUCCAGAAGGCUUACGAGAAUUCUUGCCACGCUUGAUUCCAGUUUUAUUGUCAAAUAUGGUGUAUGCUGAUGACGACGAGUCACUUGGUGAUGCUGAGGAUGAUGAGUCCAUCCCUGACAGAGAUCAGGAUUUGAAGCCUCGUUUUCAUUCAUCAAGAAUCCAUGGAUCUGAUAAUGGGGAAGAUCCUGAUGAUGACAUAGUCAAUGUAUGGAAUCUGCGGAAAUGCAGUGCAGCUGGUUUAGACGUUCUUUCAAAUGUAUUUGGUGAUGAGUUACUUCCAAUUCUAAUGCCUUUGAUUCAGCAAAGGCUUUCAACCUCUAAUGACUUGGAGUGGAAGGAGAGGGAGGCUGCUGUUUUGGCCAUUGGUGCUAUUGCAGAGGGGUGUUUUAACGGACUCUACCCCCUUCUACCUGAGAUUGUUACAUUCCUUUUACCACUACUGGAUGACAAGUUUCCUCUAAUACGGAGUAUCACCUGUUGGACAAUUUCUCGUUUUAGCAAAUUUAUUGUUCAGGGCAUUGUUCAACAACAGAAAGGACAUGAACAAUUCGAUGAAGUUCUCAUGGGUCUCCUUCGUAGAAUAUUGGAUUCUAAUAAGCGAGUGCAGGAGGCUGCAUGUUCAGCUUUUGCAACUCUAGAAGAGGAGGCUGCCGAAGAACUGGCACCACGUUUGGAGGUCAUUUUACAGCACCUGUUAUGUGCGUUUGGGAAAUAUCAGAGGCGUAAUCUGCGAAUUGUGUAUGAUGCUAUUGGUACUCUAGCCGAUGCUGUUGGAGGAGAGCUAAAUCAGCCAAAAUAUCUUGAUAUCCUGAUGCCACCAUUAAUUGCAAAGUGGCGACAACUAUCAAAUUCAGACAAAGAUCUCUUUCCAUUACUUGAGUGCUUUACUUCCAUUGCACAGGCUCUAGGACCGGGUUUUACUCAGUUUGCUGAACCUGUAUAUCAACGUUGCAUUAGUCUAAUCCAGACCCAGCUAUUGGCAAAGGUUGAUCAUGUUUCAGCGGGUGUUCAAUAUGACAAAGAGUUCAUUGUCUGCUCCUUGGACUUGUUGUCAGGAAUUUCUGAAGGUCUUGGAAGUGGGAUCGAGAGCCUGGUUGGCAAAAGUAGUUUAAGAGAUUUACUUGUACAAUGUUGCAUGGAUGACGCUACUGAUAUUCGGCAAAGUGCACUUGCACUUCUUGGCGACCUUGCAAGGGUUUGCCCUAUACAUCUUCAUUCACGCCUCUUGGACUUCCUCAACAUUGCAACUGAGCAACUGAAUGUUUCUCAGGUAAAGGAGGCUGUAUCUGUAGCAAAUAAUGCUUGUUGGGCACUUGGGGAAUUAGCAGUUAAGGUUCGUCAGGAAAUAUCACCUGUGGUGAUAAAAGCCAUAUCAUAUAUUGUUCCUAUCCUUCAAAAUCCAGAGGGUCUCAACAAAUCACUUUUAGAGAACAGUGCCAUUACACUUGGUAGGUUAGGCUGGGUAUGUCCGGAACUUGUAGCACCUCAUAUGGAACAUUUCAUGCAGUGUUGGUGUUCGGCUUUGUGCAUGAUACGGGAUGAUUUUGAAAAAGAAGAUGCAUUCCGAGGUCUUUGUGCAAUGGUGAGAACGAAUCCCUCUGGUGCUGUGAACUCGCUAGCUUACAUGUGCAGGGCGAUUGCUAGUUGGCAUGAAAUACGGAGCAAGGAUUUAAUCAAUGAAGUGUCCCAAGUUUUAAAUGGAUAUAAACAGAUGCUUGGAAGUGAAGCAUGGGAACAGUUCCGCACCAAAUUAGAGCCUCUUGUGGCACAAAGGUUAUCAAGAUACCAAGUGUAGAGGUGGUCACUUAUGCUUCCCAUUAUCUGAUUUUCAUUGCCUACCAUGUUGCAUCAGCAUUGGUUAAAAGUAGCAACCGAUGUUUGAUUGGAAGUGAUCCAUAUAGUGGCUUCACAAUUCCAGAAAUCAUCAUUCAUGGCUGCUAUUGUUGCGUCAAUCAUAAUUCAUGCCUGGUAUUGUUGAAGGGCUCUCAUACUAUGCUAUGGUGAAAAAAUAGUAGUUGACUGCUGUAUACCCAAGACGAAAGCAGGCCGAUGUUUUCUGGCAUGAUUUAUUUUGAUCAGCAGGGCUUUGCUGAUCAGAGUUUUUUCCUCUUAUGUGAUUAUACCCCUAUUGUUAUAUGCUCUUGUAUGUUUCGGUGGGAUGUUUUUGCCUGUAUUUCCACUGAUUCUGUCAUUAGCUUGUUGAGGUUUGGUAAGUAAAUUGUAUUUUAUUUUAUUUUAUUUUGAAAGUCAGGUGAUUUUCUUUGAAUCAUGUAUAACUGUAGUUAUUUAUUACAUUCAUCCAUUUGGAACUUUUCAUUCUAUAAAAUGCAGAGUUUGUGAUAUAA